AGCUUCUGAUUCCUGGCUCCUUCCCCCCAGAGAUGCUUCAAUUCCUAUGGAGCUUUGCAGUUUUCCUUCUAUUCCUCCUGGGCCUGGCGUCCGACCUUCAUGACCCUUGCUAUGAUGGUGACCAAAACCCACUCUACUGCCUACCUGAGCUGUCUGAACUGGCAUCGGGGCGUCUGGUGGAAGCAUCCAGCACGUGUGGUAGCAGCUACCCUCCUGGCCGGAUCUGUGCCUUUCGAGAUUCGUCCGACCCGGCCUCCAAAGUCUGCCAGCGUUGCCAAGGAAACACGCACUUGCCAGAGUAUCUCACUGAUGCUGAUGGCGGCACCACCUGCUGGUGGUCCCAGCCGGCAACCAAUGCCACAUUAACUUUGGCUUUAGGACGCAGAGUGGAAGUUCUCUAUGUGGCCCUCCGGUUCUGCUCCCCACGGCCAGAAUCCCUGGCUAUUUACAAAUCUAUGGACUAUGGGCGCAACUGGGUGCCUUUUCAAUUCUUUUCUACCCAGUGCCGGCGGCGUUACCAUUUGCCACCAACGAACACCAUAAUGAAGGCUAUGGAACACGAGGCAGCGUGUAUUGAAGCUCAGACCGCUCCCAAACCGCUCACUGGUGGGUUGGUGGCUUUCAUGCCACUAGCAGGCCGCCCUUCUGCCAGGAUGUUUGAAUACAGUCCUGUGCUCCAGGACUGGGUGACAGCAACAGAUCUCCGUGUAUCCUUUGACCGCAUGCAUCCAACACGGACACUGGGGUUGCGGAGGAAGGAGGCGUCCUACGGGGUGGCUGAGCUCCAGGUUGGCGGCAGGUGCAAAUGCAACGGACAUGCUUCACGGUGCACAGCGGGGAAAGACGGAGGAGUGCCUCAGUGCGAUUGUCAGCACAACACAGCUGGACCUGAAUGUGACACCUGCAAAGCCUUCUACUGGGAUCGACCCUGGCAACGGGCAACACCCAAAGAUGCGCAUGAAUGUGUGGCGUGCGACUGCCAUCUCCACUCCCACCGCUGCCGGUUCAGCAUGGAACUCUUUGAGCUCUCAGGGCGCCAAAGUGGGGGGAUUUGCCUGAACUGUCGCCACCACACGGCCGGGCGCCACUGCCAGUACUGCCGGCCGGGUUUUAAGCGGGACCUCAGCCGCCCCAUGACAAGCAGCAAGGCCUGUAAAGCGUGCCAGUGUCACCCCAUCGGAGCAGUUGGUGCCAUCUGCAACCAGACCACAGGACAGUGCCAGUGCAAGAAUGGAGUCACCGGCCUGACCUGCAAUCGCUGCAUGCAAGGUUUCCAGCAAAGUCGCAGUGCACAUGCGCCCUGCAUGCGGAUUCCAGAAGUAAUGACAACCACUGCUCUGCCCCCACAAGAGUGGAAUGCAGGUACUGAAUGUCAGAAUCACUGUCAGCCGCCACGAGGACGGGUCCACAUGAAUUUGAAGAACUACUGCAAGAAAGAUUACGUUCUCCGUGCACAGUUGUUGGCCAUGGAGAAGUCGGGCACAUGGUGGCAAUUUACUGCCUCCGUCCUCACCGUCUACCGCCAGCGCCGUGUGCCCAUUCGGCGGGGUGAGCAGCCACUCUGGGUCCCUGAGCAGGAUUUGGCGUGCCGGUGCCUCCAUCUUCAAGUCGGCAAAGCUUACCUGGUGAUCGGCAACGAUGAAGAAUCCCCGGACCCUGCUCGGUUAAUCCUUGACAAAAACAGCCUGGCUCUGCCGUGGAGGGAUGCCUGGGCAUACAAAUUGCGCAGUUUCCAGCAACAGAGCAGACGUGGGAAAUGCCGGGGCAACUGAUCCAUCCUGAAGGACGUGGCCGUGGGCAGUUGUGCUGAAGAAACCAGCUGAGGGAAAGGGGCUAAAGGUGUAAAUCACAAGCUUAGGUUUGCAAAACCUGGAAAAGUUUCUUUUUUUAGAUGCUAUCUCCCAUUUCCUUGCUACCUGGGGGUUUUGGAGACUGUGAUCCAAAGAGAGGCGCAUUCCCAGUUUCUGGUUUUCAGGUAACCCAAGUCUACAAGCUUCAACGGCUGUCACAUAGCUUGAAGCACCCCCAUACGGAAAACAGGAGCCUCAAAUUAGCAUUGAGGACAGUCUGGGUUUUAAAAUUUUAGUCUGGAGUGCAUAUGGCCCUUCUUAUCUCCUUCAUCCUCUCCAUGUCUACGUGGGGAGAGUACUUUAUUCCCCUUUUUGAGACUGAGGCGCUCUAGCUAAGCUAAGAACUUGCCUUCAGGCUAUGCCAGCGGGAAA